AUGAACCGACUAUCAUCUCCAGCCCACCUGCCCAGCAUCUGCGCCAGUCUCUGCCCAAUACUAGCCACCGAGAACAACAACCACCCCCGCCACUGCAUCCUCAUGUCCGGGGAACAAUGUCCGCCUAUGCGCUCUGUUGCCCCAGAUCUCCUGUCGAUCGACGGUCAUGUAUUUCGCGUGAAUUACGACGUUCCCGAGGAAAUCACCCUGCAACUGGAGGAGCUAUUUUACCGAGAUGCCGGGUACGAAGAGAUUCCGGAAGAUCUGAAAGCGUACGAAAUUGGAGACGAUGAUGCGGAUGCGGAAGAGGCUGGAGAGGAAGCACGGAGGGAACAGGAAAUAGAAAAGAAGAAGAGGGAGCGGAAUCAGGAGAAGAAGAGGGAUAGUGGUUGA